ACAUUGGAAAAUUAUACAUUUCCAACAUCCUAUUUAUUAAAAAAAUCUGAUAGUGAAAAUGAUUAUUUUUCUCUUUCAUUCGAUCAGAUCAAAGAACACAUUGAAACUCUUUCGAAUCAAACUGGUCGUAAUAUAAUUGAUGCAAACGACGUUGAAACUGUUUUAGAAGAACAACCAAAUAAUUAA